AAUUGAAGUUCUAUCCCGCCCCUAGAGCAAAUAGCCACACCCCUCGAACGUCCAAGGACCAGAACCUUGGACAAGACUCUUCAGUGGGGUUAGCUCCGCCCUCAGAACUUAGAGCCCACCUCCCCAAAUCCAUUAGCCCCUCCUCUCCACUUCAUCCACAGGAGCCCUUAGCUCCGCCCCUACAGUCCUAAUCUCCUAGGAACGUUAUCCAGUCCGUGUUUUGAAGGAGACCCAGUUGUGAAACCCUGGACCAGCUGGCAGUGUCAGUCAGAGCAGGCUCGGAAACUGGGGGGCUAGGAGGGAAGGAGGGGUACAAACCUGACAAUGGAUUUAAAGAAGAUGGGACCGCCUUUCCCAAGUCAUGAAUCGGACCACGGGGCUCGUUUUGCUUUGUUUUGCUGUUUUGUGUUUUUGAGCAAGGAGGACAGACUACUCUGGAACCCAUUCUGUAGGUGUCAAGCAGCACCCCACCUCCACCCGUGCCUGUUUUUUGCUGCUUUUUUGAGUCAGGGUCUCAUGUGCCCCCCUUCCCCGCCCCCCGCGGCCAGUUUUGAACUCCUUAUCUUCAUUCUCCUGUUUCCACUUCCCAGAUUCUGGGGUUACAGGCCUGUGCCACCACUCCUGGCUAUGUGUUUGUUUUGAAAGAUGGGGUCCCACUAUGUAACCUUUGCUCUCCUGGAACUUGAUAUCUGUCUUCCAGAUUAGUCUACUCAAGAGCUGCUUCCGCCUCUGCCUCAGGAGUGCUGGAAUUAAAGGCAAGCGUUACCACUUGCUAGGUUUUUUGAGACAGUCUUUCUCUCUUGUCCAGUCUGUCAUGAAACUCACUAAGUAGCCUAAGCUGCCUCAGACUUGCAGUAAUUCUUCUGCCUUGGCCUCCCAAGGGUGGGGAUUACAGGGAAACGCUGUUAGAUUCCCUUCCAGUCUCUGUUUUUGUUUUUGUUUUGAAGCAGGGUCUCAUGUACCUGAGGCUGGCCUCGAACUUAUUCUGUAGCUGAGAGGAUGGCCUCUGAUGAGUCUCUGAUGUUCCUGCCUCCCAACUCUCCAGGUCAGAGAUUACAGGCAUAUAUCGCAAGGUCCAACUUCAGGCAAUAUUUCUGUUCUCGAUUUGUACAUUUAUUUAUCUGUGUGUGUGUAUGCAUACAGAAGCACAUGAGUUCUUACCAUGGUGUGGGUGUCGGAGGACAAAUUGUGGAUUCCUUCCACCAUGUAGACUUCGGGGCCUGCACUCAGGCCAGCGGGCUGGACAACAGCGCCUCUCCUGGCAGAGCCCAGAUGGUGCUUUAUGGGUGGGGAGAAGUGAGUCUGGGAAGAGAAGAUUUACUGCUGGACACACAGGGAGCUUUUGGGACCAGAUUUAUUCGGGUUUUGGUGCUGUGCCCACCGCAUUCUGAUUGUGUGAGCCCAAGCCUCAGUUUCUGCAUCUGGAAAGUGAGAGUCACAGUUGUACCAACAUCAUUCCCUCACUCAACAUGCUUCUUCACAGUUUACACACCUGUGACUCCAGCACUCUGGGGGAGGAUCACAAGUUCAAGACUAGUCUGAGCUACAUAGAGAUGGCCUCUAAAAACUAAGGGCUGGAGGCAUGACUCAUGACAACACAGCCUAGAAUCCCCCAGUGAGGGGCUGAGGUGUGGCUCAGUGGUACAGUGCCUGCCUGCCUUGCCUAGCAUGUUUGUUUGAUGCCCUGGGUUUGAUUCCCAGCACCACACACACACACACACACACACACACACGUCCUGAGUACUUACUAUAAAUCAAGCUCUCGCCCUAGGUAUUGGAUUCUCCACAGUGUUCAAGUUAGAGUUUGCCCUCACAUGUCUUGAGUUUCACAAAGGUUGUAACCCCCCCCACACACACACAGAAAAUAACAGCUAGCAUGUGCCAUGCAGUUCCUACACACCCGAUACUCACUGGUCAAUGCUGUUUCACACCUUGAAGAAUCAGGCACAGAGCUGGGAAGACAAUUCGCAGUCCUGGUAAGGUCUGGGAAUAUAAUCAGGGCCGGAGGGUGGAGCUAGCUCCUUUAGAAUCCGUAGCACUGAGGACAUAAUCUCCAAGACUGACAUGAGACACGAAUGAGAGAAAGGAAGCAUUCAUGCCCAGAGCAGGUCCUGAGGCAAGGUUUGGCCAGCAUGGAUGGAGCUGAGGAGAGAGAGAAAAGGCAAGGAUACAAGAGCCUGCAGAGAUGGCUCAGGGGUUAGCAGCACUUGCUGCUCUCCCAGAGACCCCGAGUCUGACUCCCAGCAUCCAUUUCAGGUGCCCAGCCCCAUAAGAACUUGACACCUUUGGACUUUGGGGGCACAUGCAAUCACAUUGCACACACCUAUAACUAAGAAUAAAAAUAAGUCAGUUGGUGGUGGCACAUGCCUUCAAACCCAGCACUUUGGAGGCAGAGGCAGGCAGACCUGGGAGUCUGAGGCCAGCCUGGUCUACAGAGUGAGUUCCAGGAUAGCCAUACACAAAGAAACCCUGUCUCAAAAAUCAGUAACUAAAUACUAAAUAGAUAUAAAUGUAAUAAGAACUUUAAAAAACAAUAACAGCAGCUGGGCAUGCUGGUGCAUGCUUUUAAUCCCAGCCCUCGGGGAGGCAGAGGCAGGCUGAUCUCUGUGAAUUUGAGGGCGGCCUGGUCUACAGAGCCAGUCCAGGACAGCCAGAGAAACCCUAUCUUGAAAAACCACCCCCCUCAAAACAAAUCCAAAAACAAACAAACAAAAAAACCACCACCAACAACAAAAUAGAAUGGAAUAGGACUGUACUGUGUUAAGGAAUAUGGCCCUCUUGGAAGGGUGCCCCAGAGCAUUGUGGGAGCCCAGGUGGGUUCCAAGCCAGGUGGGAAGGGGGAAGCAAAUCCAGGGCAUAAAGGAUGGAAUAAAACACAGAAUUGAGGCAGGCGGGUUGUGGCGGAGCAAGAUGACGUCCUCGGUCCUUGUCCUGGAACAGCUAGCUCCAGAGCAGGGACCAGACUCUAGGAGGGUCCACGUGAGCUACCUGGCUUUUGUUUUUCUUGGAACAAAUGGCUGGGGUGGGUACCCCUUCCGAGAAGAGGAGAGCAGUUUGGAUGGACGUUUGGUGUGAAGUGUUCUAUGCUCUAUGUGAAGUGUUCUAUGGGAACAGCUAAUGGAGUUUAUUCUCUCCUGAGUGCUUUGACAGGAAGGGGUCAAGGACCCUGAAGACAAGAGUGGGAGGGGUCGUUGCGCUGGAGGAGGUGAGUUAGAUGGAAUUAUAGAAUUGGUUUUUUUUUUUCCUUUUCCAGGUGAGCAAGGUUUUCCCCACAAUCUGGAAAUUACGUUUUGAAACUGGCCAUUAGGGGCGCUUUUUGGCAUUGCAUAGGAGCCUGGGCCUUCCAGCAUCCAUGAUUUGUAGGGACCGCCCAGGCUAGUCUAACGCCACUAGGGGGCAGCCAGAGACCCCUGUAGUUGGACUCAGCCACUGGGGUGGGGUGAAGGGAAGUGUGCAGGGGAUUUGGAGGUGGAGGGGGUCUGUCUGCGGAGCGCCAGCUGGGAGCCGCUUUUCUGCCCGCCAUCCUGGACUCUAGAGCCCCCAUCCCACCCAACGCGACAUUAUGUCAACACAGCCCUGCGAUUGCUUCUGGCCUGGACAAUAUUUGCCUUGGGGAUCUGGUUCGGUCGCUGUGGAGACCGGCACCCCCCCAGGACCGGAAGAAGCUAAGAGGAGCCAACUACAUCUCCUCAUUUCCUUCAGAUUUUGUCUUUGGGGCAGUUGAAACAGAGUCUGUCCCUCUCUGUCUCCCUCUCCGGGUACUGUCAUUAACUCAAGUAUCCUAUCUCUCAUCUUCCUGGGUUCUUCACUCUCCGUGGGUCCCCUCUUUCUGUGUUUCUCUCGUGCUGGUCCCAUUUCCUUGGGUUGUACUGUCUCUUUAAAACUCACUCAACCCUCAACUUUUUUUUUUUUUUUUUGAGACUGGGUCUGAUGUAAGCUGUCUUCCAACUCUCUGUGUAGCCAAAGAUGACUGUGAACUCUGACCCUCCUGUUUCCACCCACUUCAUGUUGGGAUUACAGGCAAACCACAUUUGGUUUCUGUGGUGGGGCAGAGCUCCAUGCAUGCUAGCCAAGCAAGCUAUCCACUGAGCCACAAACGUCCCGCAAUCCUCGGUAUUAUUUGUGUGUCUCUCCAGGCCUCUUCUAUCCGACAUCCAUCUUUUCCUGACUGUGGAUUCCUUCCAUGGAUCCCGCGAAUGUGUGCAGGCUAGUUCCCCCUUCUUUGACUCCCAGGAUCUCUGUUGGCUGUGAGCCUGCUUUUCUGGCUCUGGCUUCCUAGCCUCCUCUGUUGGAGGCUGUGCUUCUCUGGCCCCUCAAAUUAGUGGCCAUGUUUCCCUGAGGCUGUCUGUGUCCCUGUUACUAUCUCUCUAUCUCACCAGCUCUCUUUCCUUUGAGCCUCGUAUCUCUGUAGUCUUGAAUCUUAGGAGUCAUCUCUCCCUCCCACCUCUGGCCUCAGGCCCCAUGGGGUGUCUCCUCUCCCCAUCUCUCUCUGCCUCAUUUCUCUUGCACCAUCUGCCGGCGCCCCAGGCUCUGGCCUGAUCCCCUCCAGCUCUGCUUGGCUGGGCAGCCCCGUGGGAGAAGACACAGGCUUCCCAGCUCUCACUUCCAAAGUUGGGGCACUGCCUGGCUACCGCUCUGGGCCAGAGGGCAGGAGACGAGAGCCAGGAAAUCCAGGAACAAUGGAGAGACACCCAGAGAGGAGACAGGAAAGGAGGAAGAGAUACUAGAAGACAAGAAUAGGUCUGGGGUGAGACCCAAUAGUGUAGAUCUUGUAGUAUGUGUGGGAUCCUGGGCUCCAUUCCCAAGAUGCAAAAUUAAAUAACGUAAAUUAAAAAACACACAAAUGAAUUGUGGUAGCUCAUGUCUUAGUACCAGGACGGGGGGGCUGAGAAAUGAGGUGAUUUUGAGGUCAGCCUGGGCUGUAACUGUGUUGAGAAAGGAAACUGAGAGCAGAAGGAAACUGGAGAGUCCUUGCUUAGAAUCCCCCACUGAUGGCUUGAGGUGUGGCUCAGUGGUAGAGCCCCUGCCUAGAAUCCCCCAGUGAGGGGCUUUGGGUGUAGUGUACUGUUAGAGUGCUUGCCUAACAUGCAUAAUGACCAAGGUUUCAUUUCAGCAACAAAAUAGUAAUAAGAACAAUAAUGAUAGUAGUAUAAUAAAUACAAUAAGAAGACAAGCAAAAGGAGACUGACCCAAAAGGAGAAAAAGGCUGAUAGGAAAGAUCUGAGAAGCUCCAUGAGAGAGAGGAAAGAAAGAGAAAAGUUCCUACGUUAAGACAGAAACAGUGAGUGUGGGCUUAGAGAAAAGGAGAGAUUUGUGGGUUUUGUUUGUUGGUUGGUUAGUUUGGUCCUUUUGACAGGAUCUCCCUGUGUAGCCCUGGCUGGCCUGGAACUUGCUAUGCAGACCAGGCUGGCCUUGAACUCACAGCUAGCCUCUGCUUCCGGAGGGCUGGGAUUUAUGUUUCUGUCAUGCUCUGCUGGACAGGAUGGAUUUGGAGGAGAGAGGGAGGGUGAGAGAGCAAGCACAGAAAGAGGAGCUGUGAGAAUCAACAGAGAGAAGAUGGGCUGGAGGCUGGGAGAGACAGGCUAUAUUUAGAGACCGGAAGAGCCAAGCUGGAGAAGUAGCCAGAGUGCUGUCAGGGCCUGAGUCUCCUGGGGUGGGUGAAGGCUGGGCUGUGGCACCCCGCAGCCUGGGAGGCUCCAGGCUGCUUCAAUUCCUGUCCCUAGAGACUGCCAAGGACCCUAGACAGAGCCAGGAGCCAGUUAGGGACCUUGACUGCAGUCUCCCUUCCUCUGUCUUCCUGCUGCACACGCCUGCCCUGUGUUAAUCUAGAGCAGACGACGGCGGGAGGGGGCGUUUAUUUAUCUGUGUGUGUGCCUGUGUGGAUGAGCUGCUGAGUAGGAGUGGAGGUUAGAGGUCAACCUGUGGGAGCCGGUUCAUUCUUUCCUCCUACCGUGUGGGUUCCAGAGACGGAACUGAGGAACUGAGGUGGUCAGCUUUGCUCAUUCACUGAGCCAUCUUGCAGGCCCCCUUUUAAGAUUUUUAUUACCAUAUGUUAGUUAUACACAUAGGUUUCAUUGGGACAUUUUUUUAUAUAGGUAUAUACAUUUGCAUGUACAUAUAACAUAUUCUGACUGCAUUCACCCUGUCUCCCUGUUCACUGCUGUCCUGGUCCUGACUCAUCUUCCCUCCACUUGUUGUGGAUUUCAUUCUUGUUUUUGUUUUGUUUUGUUUUUUGGGUUUUCUAGACAGGGUUUCUCUGUGUAGCCUUGCCUGUCCUGGUCUUGCUUUGUAGAGCAGGCUGGCCUUGAAAUCACAGAGAUCUGCCUGCCUCACCCUCCAAGAGUGCUGGGAUUACAGGUGUGUGCCACUGUGCCUGGCUGGAUUUCUUUCUUGUGAUUCAGUGAGUUUCAUUUGUGUUGCCCACAGGAUCAUGGGGGUAAGGGGUGACUGACAGGCACAUGGGUGCCUUACAAGUGCCUUCACACUGAAGAAAAUGUCUCUCCUGCCUCCAGAAACCUUUAAUGGCCUAUGAAUUCUCAAGAAGGAUGUGGAGCCUUGUGCCUCCUCAAGACCAUCUUUCAGGCUCACCUUCUCUCAUCUCUCUCUUCCUCUGUUUCUCCUUCUCCUCUUCUUCCUCUCCCUUUCCCCUCCUUUCCCCCCUCCUACAUCUUUCCUCUCUCUCUGAAAUAGUGUCUCACUAUGGAGCCCAGGCUGGCCUCAAACUCAGGAUCUUCCUGCCUUCACCUUCCCCAGUGUUGAGAUGGACCUAUUAGCACACAUUUUUUCCUCCCCAUGUGUAGUGCUAUCUGUUCUGGCACCCGCUCUGUAGACCAGGCUAGCCUCAAACACACAGAGAUCCACCUGCCUCUGCCUACUGAGUGCUGGAGUUAAAGGUGUGCACCACAGUACCUGGCCUCCCUCCCCUUCUUAUUUUUAUGGGUCUCAAGUUCUUUCCCUGCCCCUCUGACUACUCCAGUUCCAUCUCCUUCUACCCUCUCCAGCCCAGUGACCUUCAUGCCCCCUGAAGCACAGCAGGAUCUUCCAGUCCCCAUGUCUGUGAGGUGCUCUUCAAUCUCAGACGCCCUGCAUGCUCCACUUCAGGGACAGAUACUUUCCCAGGACCCACAGGGCGCCAGGAAUGUAGAGCAGAGAGCACAGAGGCCCCCAGGGGCUGGGCGGCAAGGACCCUCAGCCCCCUCCCCGCCCCAUUCUCUCUGCUCCCUGAUUCUGAUGUGGACCUCAGGCCACCCCCUGCCCUUCCUAGGGCCUCUGGGCCUCAGCUUUUCCUCUGCAAAAUGGGCAGGCUUGCCUCUGCCCCACUUAUCACGCAGGCCCCAGGGGAGCGUGUAUUGAGGGGAGAUGUAGACACUGAGUUCUCAUACUGGGCUCCAAGCCUCCCCAUCCUACAUUCCAUGGACAGAUGUUCCCUGCAUCUAGGGUGAAGGAAGAUCCCGGAAGCAGAGACUAUAAAACACACACACACACACACCACACCACACACACAUACACACCACACACACACACCACACACGUGGCUGAUAUAUGGGCUCCUGUAGCCGUUUUAAGAUUGAAUGUUAAUGUGUGGCAGUGGAACUCGCAAGGUGCGGACAGGUGACUGUGUGACUGGCUGUGGGACCUGGGAGGGUCAUAUAUGUGACACACUUAAGCUAGGAGUAGUGACAACCCUAGGUGUAAUAAGCUCAGCUUCCAGGAACUGGAGGCAAGAUGAUGAUGGGUUCAAGGGCCAUAUAGCCUCCUUUCUCAAAAGAACAACAAAAACAAACAAAAAACGAACAAAAGAAAAGAAAAGAAAAAAUGGCAAGGUUGUCUGCUGGGACAUUUCAGCAGUCAAAGGUGCCUGCCCUCAAGCCUGGAAACCUAACUUCCAUCCCUGGCACUUACACAGAAUGACUGUGGUUUGUGAGUGUGGAUGGGCCAAUGGUAUGGUUGUGCAGCUACGUGACACUGAGUGUGCCAAUGGGAUUGUGUACGUUUUGGUGCUCCCUGAGGUCUGCGUGUUGUUGGAUGCGGUGUAGACUGUGGGGGAUGCUGUGAUGUGUGUCCCAGGUGACAGCAUUUUUUAGUGACACUGUGUGUGUUUCAGCUCCGGCUGUGAGAGAGGAUGGACUGGCUGUGUGAAUGGCCACACACCCGGCACAUUUGCGUCCUGGGCAUUCAUUGCUUGAGGUCCUGCUCUGAGUAAUACUUCAGGCGUUCAGUCCUCCGGAGCAUGUAGACCACCGUAUCAGGUGUGGGAAUGUGUGCCAUUCACAGUGUCACUGGGAGCCAAAUGUGGCUGCACCUGCCCAUGUGAUUGAAAUCUGAACCUCAGCACUUAAAAACUCGAGCAGGAGGACCCAAGGUUAGAGGGCACCUGGGUUAUAUAGUGAGAUUGUGUUUUAUUAAAAAACAAAAACACCCCAAGCGUAGUGGCGCACAACUGUAAUCCCAACACUCGGGAGGCAGAGGAAGGUGGAUCUCUGUGAGUUUGAGGCCAGAUUGUUCUACAGAGUGAGUUCCAGGACAGACAGGGCUACACAGAGAAAUCCUGUCUUGAAAAACCAAAGCAAAGAAAGUAGACAGCCUCGGAGGAUGACAUCCGAGGUCAUCCUCACACGCAUAUACAUGUACAAGCACACACAUAUACAUACACCGGACAAUGACAACAGGAAGGCUAUAGGAUGCCAGGCUGUGUUUGCAGGCCUGUGAAGUGUCCACAGCCCUGGGCUCACAGCCGCACGUCUCUGUAAGCGAUGGUGACGCUGUGGGUGAAAGGCUGGCUCUCUCGUGGCCCCAGCUGUAGAGCAGUGAAUGAACCUGCUCCUCACGGACUCUCGCUUCUCCUGCUUGGCGUCUGGGAUCCUGUGUGGGGCUGUGUGAGAGGCUGGAUGUCACAGCGUGUUCUACGGCUUGGAGGGGGAGGUGACCAUACUGCGUGACACGGAGUGGCUGUGAUGGACGUGUCUGCUCCCCAGUUCCCACUCUUCCCCAGAGCUCCCCGCUCUGCUGCUGCUCUCUGUUCCGCCCUGGCCCCGCCCCCUCCCAACACCCCAGGCUGCCAGUGCCUGUCACCUCUCCAGAGCUCAGGCAGGCCAGGCAGGGCAGCUGUGGUGGGAGAAGGAGCUUGCCGCGGGACUGGGAGCACAGGUAAGGGACCCCCAUCAGGCCCCCUGUCCUGGGCCUAUCACUUCCUUGUCUGUCUCUCUGCCUCUACCUUUGUCUCUUUCUGUCUCUCUGCCCUGCCGUCUCUUUCUCUUCACCUCUCUCCUAGUUUCUAGGUGGGCUUAUUUCUACCCACCCCCCAGGUUCUCCGUCUCCCCCCUCCCACUCAGUUCUCUCUGUCUGCAAGCCCACAUUUUUGUCUCUGUCUCCCCCAACCCAACCCCCUUUGGACUCUGAUCUCUUGCUUGUGCCUGAUUGACCCGGAGACUUUCUGUUUUCAUCCCCUGUAUCUCUGACUCCGUGUUUUCCUUUUUGUAGCUCUGAGAUUCCCUCUUGAAACUCCGCUUUCACAUUGUCUGGGGGCAGAGGUGAUAGUUGGGAUUAGAAAAAAUUUCACAGCAUUUAACAUCCGAAAGUCAGAAAUCCGGGGUCUAAUAUCUCCCUGGUAUUUGGGUGCUGGGAGGACGUUGUUUCUCUGACUCUGGGCUUUAUGUAUACGAAGCCAGGGAAGUUUGGGUUCCUAUCUAAUUAAAAAACAAAAAACAAAAAAAAACCCCAAAAAACUCUGGGCCGAAGGGAUGGGCACUCAUAUGGUCGUUUCAAGUUCCCUUCGAGGCUUGACUGACGGUUUCUAUUCCCCCCUCUCCAAGGAGGUCCUAGAUUCCCAAGAGACUCUCCGGUCUAGCCUCUGGGUGACACUGACGCUUCUGCCCGUCACAGCUCUAGGGCAACAGGCCCCUCAGCAAACACCCCUCCCUUCCACCUUGGCUGCCUCAGCAACACUUAGGAGGGCCUGGGAAAUCGCUUAGCUGAUUCUCUGGAGGCCGCGCCUACUCCUGCCCCGCCCCGAAUCCGCACGCGCGGAGUGGGGGCGUGGCUUCGCACGCUCCGUGCUUCUGGCAGGUGAGCGUGGACUGAGGCUGAACGAAGCGCCAGCGUUGACUCUGCCCUGGGACCCGUCCCCCAGCUGCCUCGAGUGGCCAGAGUCUCCAUCACUCUUCAAAGAUGCCCCCGCCGCCGCUGCUGCUGCUGCUUCUGGGGCUGUGGGCCCUGCCCCUCCGCAGGGCAGAGACAGACUCUCAGGAGCAGACGACCGGGGAACUGUACCGGCGCUGGGAGCGCUACCGCCGGGAGUGCCAGGAGACCCUGGAGGCCGCAGACCCUCCCUCAGGCCUGGCCUGUAACGGGUCCUUCGACAUGUACGUGUGCUGGGACUACGCGGAAGCCAACACUACGGCUCGAGCGUCCUGCCCCUGGUACCUGCCCUGGCACCGCCACGUGUUUGCAGGCUUUGUCUUCCGCCAGUGUGGCAGCGAUGGCCAGUGGGGGCCUUGGAGAGACCACACCCAGUGUGAGAACCCGGAGAGGAAUGGGGCAUUUCAGGACCAAAGGCUGACCCUGGAGCGUCUGCAGGUCGUGUAUACAGUCGGCUACUCCCUGUCCCUGGCCACUCUGCUGCUAGCCUUGCUCAUCUUAAGUUUGUUCAGGCGGUUGCACUGCACUCGUAAUUACAUUCACAUGAACCUGUUCACGUCCUUCAUGCUGCGGGCAGCCGCCAUUCUCACCAGAGACCGGCUGCUGCCUCCGCUGGGCCCCUACACUGGGGACCAGACUCCUGCCCUGUGGAACCAGGCCCUAGCUGCCUGCCGCACGGCCCAGGUUGUAACCCAGUACUGUGUAGGCGCCAACUACACCUGGCUGCUCGUGGAGGGUGUGUACCUGCACCGCCUGCUGGUGAUCGUGGGAGGCUCGGAAAAGGGCCACUUCCGGUGCUAUCUGCUUCUUGGCUGGGGGGGCCCCGCGCUUUUCGUCAUCCCCUGGGUGAUCGUCAGGCACCUGUACGAGAACACACAGUGCUGGGAGCGCAAUGGAGUCAAAGCCAUUUGGUGGAUCAUUCGCACGCCCAUCCUAAUAACCAUCUUGAUCAAUUUCCUGAUCUUCAUCCGCAUCCUUGGCAUCCUCGUGUCAAAGCUGAGGACAAGGCAGAUGCGCUGCCCGGAUUACCGACUAAGGCUGGCCCGCUCCACGCUGACGCUGGUGCCCCUGCUGGGUGUCCACGAGGUGGUGUUUGCUCCCGUGACGGAGGAACAGGCCGAAGGCGCCCUUCGCUUGGCCAAACUGGCUUUUGAAAUCUUCCUAAGUUCCUUCCAGGUGCAGUCGGAGAUCCGCCGGGGUUGGCGCCACCGCCGCCUGCGUCUCAGCCUCGGUGACCAGCGCCCCGGUUCGCACUUGGAGCUCGGACCCCCGGCCCCGCCCCCGCGCUCUGCACCCCGGGAGGCCCCCAUCGGCAACGCCUUGCCCUCCGGGAUGUUGCAUGUACCUGGAGAUGAGGUCUCGGAAAGUUACUGCUAGGUAAUGGGACCCCUGUGUCUGUACAGUUAGCAUGUAUUGAAUGCCUACUGUGUACCUGCCCCAGUGUGGGGAAUGCUGGGGAAACGGGGAGAAGGAACUGGAAGACAAGGUCCCUACGUGUAUAUAAUUCUUGUGGAAUGGCCUACGGAAAGAGCCGAGGUGUCUAGGACAACCGGCUGCGAGGCCACCUGUGAAGAUGUGGUGCGUAAGCCAUGUUUGAAAGAAGCGGAGACAACUUGAAGAGUUUGAGGACAAGAUUCCAGGGAGAUGGAAUAGCAUGUGAAAAGGCUGAGGGAGAGGAAGAAGGAACGGAGAAGGACUUCAGUGGCUUGGCUGGGAAAAGCCAGGGUCUGCAGAUGGGGGAGGAGCGGCGAGGAAGCUGUUGUUUUUAACGUGAGGUGCAGUACUUGCACACGCCUGAAGGGCGGAAGCUCCCUGGGACCGGAGGCUUCUCAACCUCCAUGUAGGUAGGGUGAACUGAACGCCGUUUCUCCAGCCCCACACAGAUUUUAGCAGGAGUGUCUCCACAGCUCUCUGCCCCCAUAAGGGACAGGUUAUCAGGGGCAGUGUGAUUUGGGAGCCCAGUGAGAGGAAUGCAGGCGGCCCGAACGGUGGCUUGACCAGGAUGGAGACCACAGAAGGGGGAGAAGGAUUUGCUGAUGGAUCCCAAGAGAAGAAUCAAAGGAGACUGCAGUGACAAGAGAGAGCUCAAAGGGCUCUUCCGGGUGGGAGCGCGCCGAAGUGUUCCACCCUGGGAAAUCCUGAGCAGCAGGAACGAGCGGGUGAGAGCUGGCCAAGACAAGAGGAGCCUGGGGUCAGUGGAGGUAGCCAGACCCGCAGUUAGGACACACUUCUAGAGGGCUGGGAAAGUUGUGGGGGUGCAGCCUCUGUGCCUGCACACAAGCCUCCUUUAUCAGUGCUGGAUGCUGUGUUCCCCACAGGUUCCCAGAAAGAUAUGCCCUGUAACUGACACUGCAUUCCACACCCCAGGCUUGGCUUCUGGUGGAGUGGAGGCCCUAGUAAACCAAGCUUGAGCAGCAGUUGCUUCUUUAUGGGGUGGAAAGGGACAUGAUGAGGGUAUGUGUGUGUGAGGUAGUCUGCCACAGAUCAGUAAGGGUGGGCUGGAGCUGCACGUGGCCACAAGAAAGCAGGGACCCCGCAAGGCCGCUGUGCCCUUCCCUAAGAGAACCUUGAUUGGAAACUAUUGAACACAUAUGUAUAUAUUAAAGUUGUGUGUGUGUACAUGCCGCUUCUCCAGAAGGCAGCACAGAAAUAGCAGAGCUGGGCAAGGGGGUGGCACUCAUGUAAUCCCAGCAUUUGGGAGGUAGAGGACUUGAAGGUCAUUUAUCCUGAUGGAAAGCAAGUUGGAUAUUUGAACUAUGUGCCAAAUGUUUGAACCUGUCUCAAAUAAACAGCAAAAGCAGCAAGA